CUGUAACGUUCCUCCCGCCACAGACGACGACGUUCUGUCAGCCUCGGCAACUCCAUUCGCUCUUCUUCCUCCUUCAGCACCAUGGCCGCCGUCAGGACUCUCAGGAAAGUGUGCCAGCACUCUCGCCAUCAGCUGUGUCUCCUCCACACGUCCGCCUCGAGACAGGAGGCAGUGGUCAUCUCAGGAAAGACGCUCGCCCGGCAGAUCCGGGACGAAACGCGGUCCGACGUGGACAAAUGGAUGCUGGCCGGACACCGCCGGCCUCACCUCAGCGUGAUUCUCGUCGGCGACAACCCCGCCAGCCACUCAUAUGUCCUCAACAAGACCCGAUCGGCCGCCGACGUCGGAAUCUCCAGCGAGACCAUCCUUAAGCGUUCCGACAUCAGCGAGGAAGAGCUGUUGGACCUCAUCUUUAAGCUCAACACGGACCACCGCGUGGACGGCCUGCUGGUACAACUCCCUUUGCCGGACCACAUCGAUGAACGCACCAUCUGCAACGCCGUCGCCCCCACCAAAGACGUGGACGGCUUCCACGUGGUCAACGUGGGCCGCAUGUGCCUAGAUCAGUCCACCAUGUUGCCUGCCACGCCCUGGGGGGUCAUGGAGAUCAUCAAACGCACAGGCAUUCCCACUGUGGGCAAGAACGUGGUGGUGGCGGGCCGCUCCAAGAACGUGGGCAUGCCCAUCGCCAUGCUGCUGCAUACGGACGGACGUCACGAGCGACCAGGAGGUGACGCCACCGUGACCAUCUCCCACCGUUACACUCCCAAGGAUCAACUCAGACAUCACACUCAAAUCGCCGACAUUGUCAUCGCUGCUGCAGGAAUUCCCAACCUCAUAACCGCCGAUAUGAUUAAAGAGGGCGCGGCAGUCAUUGACGUGGGCAUCAACCGGGUGGAGGACCCGGUCACCGGAAAGAGCAGGCUGGUUGGAGAUGUGGAUUUUGAAGGUGUGAGACAGAAGGCGGGCUUCAUCACGCCGGUGCCCGGCGGCGUGGGGCCCAUGACGGUGGCCAUGCUCAUGAAGAACACCAUUAAAGCAGCCAAGAACGUCCUGCUCUAUCCUCCCGAGAGGAUCCGCAUGGCGGCUGCCUCCUAAUGAGGGAGCGGACAGAUUCCCAAAACAAAAACAUUCCACCACUUGAGACAUCCCCUCCUAUGCCCCCCCCCUCACUGUUUUUUUGGAAUGGAGGUAUAGUUUAAAGCUCACUUUUUUUCCUUUUUUUUUAAUAAAAGUUGACUGUUACAUCCACUCCAUGUAACAGUAUUCAGUUUGACUAUGGGGCUAUUUUUAUUUUUUUUAACAGGGUCACCAGAGUGUUUUAUUUAUUGCUACAGCAACGUAUACAAAGUAUUUAAGGGCGCAUGGCAGCGUUCACCUCAAAAGCGGAGCGGUGCAGUGUUGAGCGAAAAAAGGGCUGACUCCAUCAGGAGCGUGUUGACCAGUAUACAAAAGCUUUAAAGAUUCACUAAUGCCUUUUGUAAAAACUGAAAUAAAUAUUUGCAAAUAUU